AAAAAAUCUAAAAAGUUUUCGAAUUUGAAAAGGAAACUAAAAAAAUAAAACAUAAUUUUACCCUAACUUAAAACUAGUUCUAAGCAACUGAGCGCACGGGCCGAGCACUCGAGUCACGACAGCAGCAUACCCUAGAAAACCCGAUACCUGGGAUAUGUUCAGCACCCGAAUAUCCGGCGAUAUGAAGAUCUUUGCCGCAGAUGUUGCCGAGAGCAGCGGCACAGCAACAUGCAACACGUCCGUGCAGCAGCAGCAGUCGCAGCAACUCGAGUUCCGGCCACGAAUGUCCGCCGGAUCGCCGAUCUCCAAGCCGGGACAGUGUCAUCUGAAGUUCGGGAAGUACAACAAUAAGACGGUCAACCUGCUGCGCCAGGUGAAUAGUUGCCACAGCAGUAACAGCAGCAGCAACACUAGCAACAACAACAACGAGGUCAUCAAGGGACAACAACAGCAGCCAGUUCACUACUGCAACAGCAACAACAGUCACUCGUGGGCCCGAAAAAAAUACUUUGGCAAUGGCAACAACAGCAGCAGCAACAGUCUGCUGCAGCAGCAACAGCAGACAUCUUCGUACUUCCAGCGGCAGCAGCAGCAACAGCAAAUGCAGCUGCAACAAGAGAAGCAGGUGACGAACAACAACGAUGCGCUGAUGAAGAAUCAGAAUGUUGUCAACGCACUCGUGUCUGAUUGCAACUCUAGCGACAGCAACAACAACAACAGCAGCACCUGCAACAACAACACUAGCAGCACCAGCAACAAUAACACUGGCAGCAGCAGCAGUUGCAUCAACAGAACAAAGCCAGCCAAAUGGCUCAAUGAGAACAGUAGCAGCAGCAGCAGCAACAACAAUAAUAUUAGCUGCAGAAAUAACAACACCAGUAGCAUUGAUACCAAGCGACGCAACUCAUCAGUGGACGCAACUGCCGCCUACUAUCGCAAAUCGGAAUCCGGCAGCUCGGAAGGUGCAGCAGAAUCGACGGAAACGGAUGGAACUCGAACAGGUAGCUGCAACAGCAACAGGACCACUGCAGAAUCGUCGAGUGCAGAUGAUGUCACUAAAGCAAUCAUGGGUAAGAGCCAGGAUCAGGAGCAGGAUCAGUCGGUCAAGCAGAGACCGCGACAGCAACCUCUGAGUUUCUGGAAAACUAAUUACCCACAGACAAGCGCCAGUCAGCUUAAAGAUAAGGAAACGGUAGCAGCAGUUGUGUCGGCGGCCGCAGUAGCAGCUGCAGCAGCAGCCGCAACAUCAUCGGAGCAACAGCAGCAACAGCAGUCACUGUCCAUCGAGCACAGGCGCAACUCGGGCUACCAGCAGCAUCAGCAGAACAACUACUAUUCGUAUUACUAUUCGCAACCUAAGCAGUUGACCAUUGCCUCGUUCCUGCAGAAGGAAAUGCUUCCGGAUAGCACUGAGAAGUCCAGCAGUAAUACGGGCAGCAGCAACAUGAUUAGAAGUAGCAGCAACGGCAACAGCAACUUCUCACGGCAUCAAUAUGGUCAUCAGUCGACGGGGUCUGGAUACCAGCAGCAGCAGCAGCGGUACCGGAAUGCCCAGAAUAUCUAUCAGCAGUACCAGCAUCAGCAGCAACAUCAUGCGCAGCAGCACACGCAUCCGCACUUCCGGCGGAAGCACAGUGACAAUGGCAGCGGCAUCAACAAGAAGAUGCACUAUAGUCCACCGGGAAAGAGUGGGGAUCCAGCGGACAGAUCCGCAUCUGGACAGCAACAGCACCACCAUCCACAUCAGCAACAGAAGACCAUCGAGAUCUUGGCCAGCAGCCACUUCAACGCCAUGCACCGCCGGAUGCAGGGUGGGAAUAAUAAGAACGGAUACUAUCAGCACAGCUAUAACCCGAUGACGGGCGAAGUUGGUUCCACGCCCACGCGCUCCGAGCACCAAAAUAUCUAUAAUCUUACUUAUAUUCACGUGGACACGGAGGCAACCGGCGAGACCGCAUCAUCAGCGGGAUCAACACCGGUGGUCAAGCCAUCGCUGCUCAGCAAGCCGAACAUUUCGAUAACGCCAGCUUCGAGUACAACGCCGACAGCUGUGGACAGAGCACUGCUACCGGCGGUUCGCUCCGUAUCUGCUCCGGUGUCCGGUUCUGUUCUGCCGGCGCCAGCGAACCACGUACGAAACAUGUUUCCACCGCCACCGCUGGCUAUGCUUGGUAGCCACGGAUUGCUGUCGCCGGUGACCACGACAACGCCCACAAAAAUGAUUAGCUGCGCCCAGCUAGAUGAGGCCAUAACUGCCGCGGCCGCCAGUUGUGACAAGUUGUCCACGAGUCCCAGUUAUAAUCAGGCGGGGCACUACAUUAUGCCGCCCCAGCAGCAGCAGCAGCUGUCGUCGCACCCAAUCCCGACUGGAACGAGUUCACAUCCUCCGCCGCCGCCCCCGCCACAUAUGUUCUUUCACUUUGCCGACGGCCUCAGCAAUCCGGGUCAGGGUCACCAGGCGCCUCCAGCUACCGUGUGGCCACACUCUAGCUCUCCCUGCUACCCGGCUUCCUACGGAUCCAGCUGCGGAAGCGGAACUGGAGCCGGAACAUCACCGCACAACAAUGAUGGGAAUGCCGGUGCACUGCGACCAGCAUCGCCAGCACUUUCCUCAUCCUCACUUGGCAGUGAGUCCCACUGGAGCGGUACAAGCAAUCGCAGUCGCUUGGGCCACAAUGUCCACCUCUCCAUUUCGCCAACUCCCAGCGCACUGGGAUCUGCCCAGCUAUCACCGCAUCUGCCCGAGAUGCGUGUGCAGCAUCCACUGCACCAGCAACAUCCUCCAUCGCAUGCCAGUCAUCGUCCACAUGGUCAGAUGGGCGGACAUGCAAUGAGCUCCUAUGUCCAGCACCGCCCACCGCCACCACCACCACAUCCGUCCAUCUCGUCGCCGAACCCGACGCCAGUUGCUGCUGGAGCCGGAGGGCCUUGGUACGAGAUGAUCCUGCCGCCCGAUCGCUACUUGGCCCAAGCGCGAAACAUUGAGGUCACCGUGCAGCCAGAGAAGCUCAUCUGCAUGUGCAAGUACGACAAUCUGUCGGCGGAAAUCUGGAAGAGAUUCAGGGGAGCCCAGCAAACGCACAAGAAGUUUAAGCUUAAAAUGCGUCUCUGGCGCUACUUGCACCUAUGGAUGCAUCAACCGAUGUUUGAGAGGUAUCGCAUCUGCCUAGUUGGAUCCACCAUCACGGGCUUCGGAACGGACUCCUCCGACAUCGACAUGUGUCUGCUGCCCGAGCAGGGGGUACACCCCCACCAGCAUCAGUACCACCAACACCAUCACUUCCACAACGAGAAGCGAACGGAGGCUCUGAUCAUUCUCACUUUAUUCAACGCGGUGUUGAAGGACACGGAGGUUUUCCAGGACUUCAAUCUGAUCGAGGCGAGAGUGCCGAUUCUGCGCUUCAAGGACAUCAGCAAUGGCAUCGAGGUCGAUCUUAACUUCAACAACUGCGUGGGCAUCAAAAACACCUAUCUGCUACAACUUUACGCCCAAAUGGAUUGGCGUACACGACCAUUGGUGGUGAUCGUGAAGCUCUGGGCGCAGUAUCACGACAUCAACGAUGCCAAGCGCAUGACCAUUUCCAGCUACUCGCUGGUGCUAAUGGUUCUGCACUACCUUCAGCACGCAUGUGUGCCCCACGUCCUGCCCUGCCUGCACUCCAUGUACCCGGAGAAGUUUCAGCUGGGACAGCAGGACUGCCUGGAUCUGGAUCUCAUCGAACCCAUCGAGCCCUACCAGGCGCUAAACACCCAGACGCUCGGCGAGCACCUUCUGGGUUUCUUCAAGUACUAUAGCAGCUUUGACUUCCGAAACUUUGCCAUCUCGAUUCGAACUGGUGGUGUCCUGCCGGUAUCCACAUGUCGAAUGGCGAAGAGCCCCAAGAACGAUGUCUACCAGUGGAAGGAGCUAAACAUCGAGGAGCCCUUCGAUCUGUCCAAUACGGCGCGAUCCGUUUACGAUGCGCCCACAUUUGAGCGUGUGAAGGCCGUCUUUCUGGUCUCGGCACGUCGCCUCGAUCACACGCUCGACCUGGCCACCAUCUUCCGCCCCAUUCACCACGUGCCCGAGCACUUUCCCCAGCUGCAGCACCAGCAGCAGCUUCUCCAUCCCAUUUCCGGUCAGCAGCGAAGUACUGGAGGAGGAGGAGAAGGUGCCAAUCCAGUGUCCAGCACAUUGAACCCAAAUGCAGCCUCGACCUAUGCCGAAACGACUGCAGCGCAUGUCGCCUAAUUGGAGCCCUUUAAAUGGCAAACAUAAAAAGAAAGCACAACAACUUUAUGGUACUUGGAAACAAGAAUGAAGAAACUAAAUGGAUAGGUAAUAUGUGCACCAAUGUUAAAUCGAAACAGAAAAGCUUGUAAAUUGAAAUUCAAAAGAAUCCGAACCGAAUCCGUACGGAAAAGAACGUGAAAGCAGCCGCCCGACUGGAAUCGAAUUUCAAUAGACUUUUACAUUACAUUACAUCUUGUUAAAUGUUAUUAUAUUCUCCUAUUUAUACCUAUAAACACUCGAAUUGUUUGCUCGAAUUUCAUUAAUUAUUGUAAACAGCCACGGAGGUUUGCGAUGUUCGUUCCUCCAGUGGUGUGUGUGUAUCUUUUUGAAAAACAACAUGUCAACCGAAAAUGUAAAAUUGCAAGUUCUGUAAAUUAAAAAAGCAACAAAACAGCCAAGUGUCUGGAAACUCGAA